AAGAGCAACGGGCAGACAGCUGCCAGUGAAUGUCAGGCAGAGAGCAGGAGCUGGGAACCCCCAGCUUAUAUCCUUCAAGCUUUAGAGAAUCUCCAGUCAGUCAGCUGGUGUCAGACUACAAGAGGCUGUGUUCCAGGAGCCAUCUGGGGUUUGUUUGCCCCAUUUAAAGGGUCCUCCCUCAGACAAGGAGCCCGACUGAGCACUGGACACUAGCAAAGAGAUGGGUUCCAGCCUGCCCUAGAGUCUGUGCCAAAGCUAAUAGUAACCUUCACCCCCCUGCAUUGUGUGUUGUUCCAUCCACCUGUCCAGAAUCAGCAGAAAGAGAGGCUGUGGCUCCACUGAGCAGAGAUGGAUAACUGGACCUUCCUGGGAGAGUUCCUUGAAGAGGUCCACAAGCAUUCCACCGUGGUGGGGAAAGUCUGGCUGACUGUGCUUUUCAUCUUCCGAAUGCUGGUCCUGGGCACAGCGGCGGAGUCCUCAUGGGGAGAUGAGCAGUCUGACUUCAUGUGUGACACCCGGCAGCCUGGCUGCGAGAACGUUUGCUAUGAUAAGGCUUUCCCCAUCUCCCACAUCAGGUACUGGGUCCUUCAGGUCAUCUUCGUCUCCACCCCGUCCCUGGUGUACAUGGGGCAUGCGAUGCACACGGUGCGCAUAGAGGAGAAGAGAAAAAUGAAGGAGGCAGAAAUGAGGCCAAAGGGGAUUAGAAGCAGUGGCGACUCUUACCACCAACAGGAGUACCCUGUGGCAGAGAAGGCAGAGCUUGCCAGUGGGGAGGAAUCAAGUGGGAAAAUAAUACUCCAGGGUAGCUUGCUGAACACCUAUGUCUACAGCAUUUUGAUCCGCAUCACAAUGGAAGUGGCCUUCAUCGUUGGACAAUACAUCCUCUACGGGAUCUUCCUGCAGACCCUGUAUACCUGUCACCGGGACCCCUGCCCUCACCCCGUGAACUGCUACGUCUCGCGGCCCACAGAGAAGAAUGUCUUCAUCAUCUUCAUGCUGUCCGUGGCGGUGUUGUCACUCUUGUUGAGCCUGGCCGAGCUGUACCACCUGGGGUGGAAAAAAGCCAAGCAGAAGUGUGCUAAAUCUUACAAACCCAGCCCCACUAUGGCUGCUGGCAAACUGGAGCCUGCACCCCAAGUGGAGAUGGCUCAAAGUUGCACUCCCCCUCCAGAUUUUAAUCAGUGUUUGGUCAAUUCCAAUGGGAAAUUCAUCAGCCCUUUCAGCAAUAAAAUGGCCUCUCAGCAGAACACGGACAACUUUGCCACUGAGAGGGUCCACAGUCAAGACAAUGCAGCUGGAGAAGGCCAAUUUAUCCAGAUCAGUUAUGCACAGAGUCCUGAGGCACCCAAUGACUCUACCCCGCACCAGGUCUCCAAUGGCUAUUUCAAUGAGAAACGCAGGCUCAGCAAGACCAGCCGCGCCAGCAGUAAGGCUAGGUCAGAUGACCUGUCCGUGUGACCUGUUGCCAGGUGGGGCAAGGAGGGAGGGAAAGCCUCAAUGCUAAGCAAAACUUCUGCAGUGCGGCCUUUGAACUCCUACCAUUCUGCUCUCUGUUUUAUGUCCCUCUGCUCCUUUUUAGUGAAUGGCACUUCCCUACUCCAGAUAGCACUUCUUUUUAAAACAGGGAGGGGCAAACUUUCCCAAUAGAGGGCAGACUGGCAACUUGCCAGGAGCCUGAACACAGCACUUAAAUUGCAGAAAAUACAGCAGAUGGUAGCCAACCUCAUAUUUAAUGGAGAGGCGCCACCUACAGGGACCACAGGACCUGCCAUUCCUAGUCAGAUAGAGAUGGAACAUUGGCUAGCAGGACCUGUAAUCUCCAGAGAUUGCAUCUCCCCUUUAAAAAUGAGGCUGGCCAUGAGCUGCAAUAUUGAACUCACCAAGCCAUACACUGGAUACCUCACUGUUGCUUUGGAAUUACUUUAACAUGGAGCUAAAUCCACUUUGCAAGCACACGAAGUUACAACUUUUCUCUCCUGAGAAAAACAGAAAUAAAACACUAGGCCUUUGAAUAAAAUGCUUUAUAUUUUGCUCUCUCUUUUCACUUUUCUCUGCCUGGGCCCAGACACAUUAUCAGGGGUGGCUCCAGGCACCAGCGCACCAAGCAUGUGCCUGGAGCGGCAGGACAUGGGGAGAGGCUUGCCGGUCGCCGUGAGGGCAGCAGUCAGGCUGCCUUCGGCAGCAUGCCUGCAGGAGGUCUGCCAGUCCCGCGGUUUCAGCGGCAAUUUGGUGGCGGGUAUGCCGAAGGCAUGGGACUGGCAGACCUCCCGCAGGCAUGCCGCCGAAAGCCGCCUGACUGCCGUGCUUGGGGCGGCAAAAUACAUAGAACCGCUCCUGCACAUUAUACCACCUUGCCUUACUUAUACCACGUAAAUGUGCAAUGAAUUCUACUUGAAUUUUUGAUACUAUGUAUGUAGCCCCUUCAAGAUUUGACUAGUAGUUAAGAAUUGUCUAUUUUCCUCAAAAAAAUAAAGUGCCUUAGUGUCCAGCUAUGAAAAUACCUUCAUCCCAGGGUCAGGCCAACAGACAGACCCUGGCAUCCCUGAGAUAUUAUUCAGACUACCUGUUGAAGGGGCCUAAAGAAUUUUCCCAAGAUACAUAUUAGACUAGUUUCAAGAGAAAUGUCCACUUAACCAAAAUAAAUAGAUUUUCCCAUGGAUGAAAAUAUGUCACUGGAAAAAGGAGGGACUAUGGUGUGGAAAGACAUGAUUUUUUUUUCUCUUUAACAAAUGUUUUAAGUACAUUUAGUUCUUUCGAAAGGGUGCUAGACUGACAGCCCUGGAGAGUGAUGUCCUCUGUUCAUCCUCAGAAGAGUUACAGCACAGGCAGUGGUUGUGCCAGCUUCCUCCACCUGACUAAUGAACCCAUUGCCCGGCCAAUGAACCACAACUUCAUUCUAGAGUGAGAGUACUCUCUGGCCUCCAUGACUCAGUCAGUCCUUGGCCGCUCUGCUGAGUCUGCCAGUUCUUAUGAUAGGCAACUAUUCAUUAAGAAAUUGACAAACACACCGAUUCUUUUCACCAUGCAGGUCACCCUGAGCCCUCAUCAGAUGGCAACACUGGCAAUGAGAUAAACAAGGAUCCCAAAGCAAGGCUGUUCAAGCACCACAUAGGAUGGUUCCUAGUCCCCAAACCCAACCUUGACCUCCAUUCAUUUGGUCAUUGCAGAACUGAAACAAUUAAGUUUAUCUUUCCAUCUUUGGAGGAUAAACUAGCCUAGUCCAACCUACUCCCUUGCAUUUACCUUGCCCUUUUGAACAUGUGCAGCUGCUUAUAAAUUGUUGAAUUGUGUGUGUAUGGGCUUGGAGUGAUUUAAGACAGGACUGAUCUAUUCCUUCUGAUACCUGCUGUUGAAAGUGAUUGUCACUCCUUGAGUCCAAUGCAGUGCAUGGUUUGGUACAAUUGCCUGCACAUGAACCAGGAGGAAAACAUUUUAAUUUGUAAGUGAUUUAUGUACAUGUAUUUUUGAAUCCGGAAAAGACGUAUGCUUCCUUGAACAAGAGAUUUUAAACAACUGUGCCUCGUUUGUCCUAAUAAAGUUUUGAUUCCAUC